UGCAACUUUCUUCCACCUGUGAGUUGGCGCGCCUGUAGUGGAUUGCCUUGAAGCGACCAUCCCCCAGAGUCCAUCUCCAUUCUCUUACGCUACUACACUGGUCAAGGCGUUGGGAUAUAUCUCUACAUCUGCUCUUCAGACAGACACGAUACGUCGUUUCUGAUCCCGUGGUUAGCGCGUUGAACUAAAAAGCCCAUACAAUAUUCACUGAACGUCGUACGAGAGACUCGAAUCACACCAUGUCUCCAGGACUAAAGUGCAACUCUGAUCUGACAGAACCUUCCUUUACCUACACAGAGCUCCCGCGAGAGUCUCCACAUCCCACUACUCGCAUGAUGCGCCUCCUGCCAAAUAAAGAUAAAGAUGCAGAACUCGAAUGCGAACUCUUUAACUAUGACUUGACGUCAGGUAGCGGCGCGGAUUCGCACCUCUACGAGGCACUUUCCUACGUAUGGGGAAGUAAAACGAGAUCUCGAACCAUCAAAUUGAACAGCCGUGCGUUCCCCGUAACAGAGAAUCUAUAUCUUGCGCUGUCACGUCUCCGGAAUCGGCAGCUUGAGAGAAUACUGUGGGUUGAUGCGAUUUGCAUCAACCAGGAUGAUCUGAACGAGAAGACCGAGCAGAUCCCACUUAUGCGGACGAUAUAUGCACAGGCCCAACAUGUCACUGUUUGGCUCGGAGAGGCUUAUGGAGAUGGUGAUAAAGCGCUUGAAGGACUCCGGUGCCUGGCGGAAGGGCAGGAUGUAGAUAUUGAGGGGUGUGGAGCACUAUGUGUGAAUUUGUUUGAAAGAGCUUGGUUUCGCCGUAUCUGGGUACUUCAGGAAGUUGGUGUCGCAAGAUCCAUUUAUAUCAUGUGCGGCUCUGUUCAAAUAAACGGACAUGCCUUGUGCGAAGGCCUCAAGAGAAUGAGGCUUCCUGCAGAGUAUCAAGAAAAGAUAGGCCCAGUCGCGUUUCUUAUCAAGGGGGCACUUGUCCGGCCAAAGUAUGAGCCGGGGUCACGAGGAUUUCUCACUAUUGGGGAGCUCGUUGGCAUGUACUGCUACCACGAUGCUACCGAGCAGCAUGAUAAAAUCUAUGCACUUCUAGGUUUGAGUGCUGACCCUAUGACAUCCGCCCUAACGCCAAACUAUGCCCUCCCCUGGAAUACGGUGUUCAACCAAGUUACCAGUCACAUGUUCCCAGACUGUUCUGUUGACACAUGGCCUGAAUCAGAUAUAGCCAUUAUCAGAGGCGUGGGCUGGGUUCUAGGCCAUAUUUGCUCUGUACGACACGUAUCAAAUUUUGGCCAGCAAGAAGUAAAGGUGUACUUGAAUGAUACAGCCCGGUCAAUCGGGUAUGAGAACGACUGGGAAGCUGAUUGGGAUCUUCAAACUUUUGCACAGGCCGUUAACCCCGGGGAUAUCGUCUUCCUUCUACAAGGGGCUUCGAGGCCAAGUAUCAUUAGGCUUUGCAAGGACCAUUUCAGGAUAAUCACACCUGCCGUGACUCUUUGCAAAAGACGCCCUAGAGAGUCUCUGGAAGGAACAUCUCGGGGAUGGCAUACACCGGAUGGAUCUUGUGAUAUCCUACUGGCGUGGAGGAUUCCUCUGAAUAAUGAUACUAGGUCUCAGAAAUGGCCUGAAACAGAGCUCCCCGACAUGGUUCCAGCCUAUCAAGAACAGUCCUUGGAGGCGAAAUAUAGACGAAACAAUAUUACCCGAAUUAUGGCAGGUGCUGUCAUGGAAGCAUUGGCCUUGGAGAAGUCAGAAGACGAUGAUGUAGCGCGCUUGCUCGUUUUGAGAGGUACAGAUGAUUCAGUUGCUUCACGGUUGACUAAGUCUUCCGCAAAGGAUAUUCGAUGUUUUCCUGACAAGAUCAUGCAAAGCCUCUUUCCAAGUGAGCGAAACGAUCUGUCAAUUUCCGAGGAAAUGGUCAAAGCAGUGGCAGAGAAUGAAGGGCCGUGUGGCUAUAUAAUCAUGGAGCUCCUUUUCCAGCUUCAAGGGUCUAGUCUUCCCAUCACUAAAGAAGUGGUCGAGGCAGCAGCAGGAAACCGUGGAGUGUAUGGGGAUCAGGUUAUGAAGGCUAUCUAUCGCCACCGUGGAGAGUUCUUCCCGGUUUCCGAAGAGGUGGUUAAGGCAGCGGCAGGGAAUACUGGAAGAAAGGCACCCAAGAUAUUGAAGUUCCUCUUCAAAACACAUGGGGAAGCCCUCCCUGUCUCUGAAAAAGUACUCAAAGUGGCAGUAGGAAACGACACAAACUGUGGGUUCGAAAUUCUGAAGGUUAUCGUUCACUAUCGUGGCCAAAAUCUCCCGGUGUCUGAAGAUGUGAUUAUAACCGCAAUGGAGAAUUAUCAAUGGGGAUACGGCGAAAUACAUUAUCUCUUUGAAUGCUGCGAUAGAAAAGUUCCAGUUUCUGGGGCGCUGGUUAAGGCAGCAGUAAACAGGCCCGUGCCAUUUAUGAGAUUACUUAUUGAGCAAGCAGAGGGAAGCCUUCCGAAAGGUAUUCCAAUCUCUGAGGAGGUGAUUAAGGUAGCUGCAGGAAAUAUUGUGCAUGGGGUUAAUAUCCUGAAAUUGCUCUUUCAGCAUGCAAAGGGAAGACUUCCAAUCUCAGAGAACGUGGUUAAGGCAGCGGCAGGGAAUUUAGUAUGUGGAGAUAGGGUGCUGGAAGUACUCUUCCAACAAAAAGGAGAAAGACUUCCAAUCUCAGAGGAAGUGGUUAGGACAGCAGCAGGAAAUCUUUCUCUUGGUCAUGAGAUUAUAAAUCUUCUCUUCCAACAAAAAGGAGAAAGACUUCCAAUCUCAGAGGAAGUGGUUAGAACAGCAGCAGGAAAUGAUUCUUGUGGUCAUGAGAUUAUAAAUCUUCUCUUCCAACAAAAAGGAGAAAGACUUCCAAUCUCAGAGGAAGUGGUUAGAACAGCAGCAGGAAAUCUUUCUCUUGGUCAUAAGAUUAUAAAUCUUCUCUUCCAGCAAAAAGGAGAAAGACUUCCAAUCUCAGAGGAAGUGAUUAUAACAGCAGCAGGAAAUGAUUCUUGUGGUCAUGAGAUUAUAAAUCUUCUCUUCCAACAAAAAGGAGGAAGACUUCCAAUCUCAGAGGAAGUGGUUAAGGCAGCGGCAGGGAAUUCAGGAUCUGGAUUUAGGGUGCUGGAAGUACUCUUCCAACAAAAAAAAGAAAGAAUUCCAAUCUCAGAGGAAGUGAUCAAUGCGGCAGUGGAGAAUAUUUCAUGCGUGGCAAACAUCCUGAGAAUUUUGCCAGAAAGUCCAGAAAGUCCAGAAAGCUCGGAAAGUGCAGAGAGUUCAGACAGUUCAGAAAGUCCAGAAAGCUCGGAAAGUUCGCUGUCAUCGGAUGAAUUGGACGAAGAAGACUAG